AUGAGUAAUAAGCGAGAAAAAAAACCAAAAGUAAGCGGACCUGUGAAGCCAAGUGGAUGGCCAGUUGAACCUUCACCUGUUACUCUAACUUUAAGCUCUUUAACUUUUCCACAAACAAGUUUAAGAGCAAUUGAAGGAAAACCCCCAUUCAUGCGAUGUCUUUUACAUACAAACACAAUGGCUGUACAUGGUUUACAUACUGAUUUACCACUUUUGAUCGAAAAUAAUGGCAAAAAAAUCAUUGUUCAUGGUUGGCCUUCACCAAAAUCAGGUGUUUCUGACAUAGGUCUCGAUGAAACAAUUAUAAAGUAUCUUGACUUACCAAAGGCAGCAAAAAUUACGCUUACUCCUAUAGAUGAAUUUGUUGAUGCUGAUAGAGUUGUUCUUGGGAACUGUCCUGAUACAAUUUGCAAGAUCCUUCCAUCAGUUUAUGAUGGUAUUGUUGUUACUGAGGGCUCAACAGUCUUUUUUGGAACUAGACAAUUUUCAAUUUUAUCUGGAGGUCCAGAAACAGCACCUCAUUUUAGAGUAACAUCUCAAACAGCAUUUGUAUCUUCUGUUGUUUCAGUUACAGCAGUUCCAAAAUCAUUGCAACCUCAAUUUGAUGAAAUUCAAAAAUUUAUUACAUCCAAUCCUCGAAAAUCAUUCAUUUUACAUGGACCAUCUGGUUCAGGAAAGACGGUACUUACAUCGGCUAUAGUCAAUCAAAACACAUCUCUCUCAUUUGCACUUUUUUCGAUUCCAUCAAUACUUUCUGGCACAUUUGGAGCUGCAGAACGAUCACUCCGUGCUGCCAGGAACAGAGAUAUUAUAAUUCUCGAGAACAUGGAAGUACUUUCUUCAGAUGAAGUCUCAAGAAGAUUAAUUUCAUCAAUAGCAACAAUUUCCGAGCAUACGACCAUCAUUGCUACCACCACAGAUAUUGAUUCCUUCCCAAGAAUACUCAGACAAGGCGGUCGAAUAUCCGAAAAUAUCGAAUUACAAGCUCCAAGCGCCACUGAACGCGAAAUGAUCCUUAAACAGAUUCUCGAUGAUUCCGGAAUCAAAUACGAUGACACAGAUGUCAAAGCUGCAGCCACAGCAGCAACCGGUUUUGUUGGUGGAGAUUUACAAAGAUUGUGCAGCGAAGCGAUCAUUGAUUCAUACGACCAAUCAUCACUCAGCCUCACGAAAGCACUUUCCAGAGUCAAACCGGCCAGUUUGAGACACAUUACUCUAGAAAUUCCGACAGUUAAGUGGUCGGACAUUGGCGGUUAUGAAGAUGUGAAACAGAAACUCAAAGAAAGUGUUACAUUGCCUCUAGAGAAACCAGAAGCCUUUACAAGGCUUGGUGUUCGUCCUCCUAGGGGUGUUCUUUUGUUUGGACCUCCAGGAUGCUCGAAGACAUUGAUGGCAAAAGCCGUUGCAACAGAAAGUCGAAUGAAUUUCAUUGCUGUGAAAGGUCCUGAACUUUUCUCGAAAUUCGUCGGAGAAAGUGAAAAAGCUGUUGCAGGAGUCUUCAAGAAGGCGAGAAGUGCUGCCCCGUCUAUUGUGUUCUUUGAUGAAAUCGAUGCGAUGGCCACAAAAAGAGGUUCUGGUUUAGAAAGUGGAAGUAAUGUCACUGACAGAGUUUUGACACAACUUUUGACAGAAAUGGAUGGAGUUUCAACGAAAUUCGAUCAGUCAGUUGUUGUUAUUGCUGCCACGAAUAGACCUGAUCUCUUGGAUUCUGCAUUGCUAAGACCCGGAAGAUUCGACAGACUUGUUUAUGUUUCUCUGCCAAAUGAAGAUGCGAGAAAAGAAAUUUUCAAAGUUCACAUCGCAAAAAUGAGGUUUUCUACGGAUACUGACAUUGAUGAACUUAGCAAGAGAACUGAGGGAUACAGUGGCGCAGAGAUUGCUGCUGUCUGCAGAGAGUCUGCAAUGAACGCAUUGAGAGAAGAACCUCCUGCUGACAUUGUUGAGAAAAGACACAUUGAAAAAGCUUUGGAAACUGUGAAACCAAGAACUCCAAAGUCUUUGCUCGAUUUUUAUGCUAACUUCGAAGCUCAAAGAAAGUAUUAA